CUCAGGAAUCCUGGUGCUCUAGUUGGCUGAAGCGGAGUGCAAUGGCAGGGAUGGAUUUUGUGAACACCCUAUUGUACUUGAUCCCCCAGUAUACGGGCUUAUCAGCGAAUACUUUCAUCAAGAUCAUUGCGGUGGUGCUUGGUGUUUUCUACCUGAUAUUAGUUCACUUCGCACCAGCACUUGCCAAGAAUCCUGACUGCUCUAGCUGGCUCGAGCAGAGUACAAUGGCAGGGAUGGGACACCCAGACUAUGACAUCAAGGAUGUCAAAGAAACAAAGGACGUUGUGGAGAAUGGAGAUUCGAAUUUCGUUGUUGCGAAGGACCGAAUCGAAUUUACAUCGAAAUUAUCGGUCAUUUGGUUUAUAUCGUUUGAUAUCAAUAUUUUUGUUCAUCCCCAAUUGAAUUGCUAGGUUUUAAUAAGUUAAAAGACCUCAUUCUACAAAUGACCUGAAUUUGAGAAUUUUAACUGGGUUAACUGUUGUCAUUCCUUUGAUUGUGAGUACUUAAACUUCCUGAACAAUCUUCUUUUCCUGCUGUCUGAGGAAUAGCAUUGUGUGUGCUUGUGUUGCAUUCUACAGAAGUAUAGACUUUUUGUAUCUAGCCACGAGUCUUGAAUUCUAGAACAAGUGAAGACUAUGAUUUCUCACUUUAUACUAUGUCACUGUCCUCGUUACUGUUUUUUCAAAAGAGAGUUGAUUAUGAAGAAAGGAUUAUACUAUUUUGUCUUGAA